UCUGACGAGGCAGAGAAGAGUCUCUCCAGAUCAGAACACCUCAAAAAACACCAGCAGAGACCCACAGGGAAGAAAUCUUACUGCAAAUCUACAUCGGAACUUAAAAUACACCAGCGAGUACACACAGGAGAGAAAGCUUACCACGGUUUUGAUUGUGGGAAGAGUUACUCAAGGUCAGAUGCACUUAAAGUACACCAGCGGACACACACAGGAAAGAAAUCUUAUGGCUGUGAUCAAUGUGGGAAGAAAUUUACUGUGUCAAACUCCUUGAUAGUGCACCAGAGAAUACACACAGGAGAGAAAUCUUAUAGCUGUAGUCAAUGUGGGAAGAGUUUUACUCAACCAAACAGCCUGAAAGUACACCAGCGGACACACACAGGAAAGAAGUCUUAUGGCUGUGAUCAAUGUGGGAAGAAAUUUACUGUGUCAAGCUCCUUGAUAGUGCACCAGAGAAUACACACAGGAGAGAAUCUUCACCAUUGUUCAGAUUGUGGGAAAAGCUUUUCAACAUCAUGGUCAUUGAAGGUGCACCAUAGAACACACACAGGAGAGAAACCUUAUGGUUGUGAUCAAUGUGGGAAGAAAUUUACUGUGUCAAACGCCUUGAUCAUGCACCAGAGAAUACACACAGGAGAGAAAUCUUAUAGCUGUAGUCAAUGCGGAAAGCGUUUCACUCAACCAGAUAGCCUAAUAGUACACCAGCGGACACACACAGGAGAGAAAUCUUAUGGCUGUGAUCAAUGUGGGAAGAAAUUUACUGUGUCAAACUCCUUGAUAGUGCACCAGAGAAUACACACAGGAGAGAAACCUUUUAGCUGUGGUCAAUGUGGGAAGAGUUUUGUUCAAUCUGGCCAUCUGACAGUGCACCAGAGAAGACACACAGGAGAGAAACCUUAUAGCUGUGGUCAAUGUGGGAAGAGUUUUGUUCAAUCUGGCCAUCUGACAGUGCACCAGAGAAGACACACAGGAGAGCAACCUUAUAGCUGUGGUCAAUGUGGGAAGAGUUUUGUUCAAUCUGGCCAUCUGACAGUGCACCAGAGAACACACACAGGUGGACAAACUUUGUAGCUGUGAUAAAUGUGACAAGAGAUUUUCCGAUAAAAGACAUUUGAUCAAACAUCAGAAAAUACAUACAUGAAGUUGUUUCAUGAUAUCAAUGAAAUAUCCAUUUAGCAAAAUGUAAUUGAAAAGAUGUUGAAAAUAAGACUAAGCCCGAAGUCCAAUAUACAUUCGGGGGAAAGUUGAGAAGAUGUAUUUUCGGGUUGUUUUUUUAAAUGACUUGAAAACAACUUAAUUUCAACGUACUUACAGCCUAUACACAUGGACACAGUAUAAUACAUUUGUCUGUAAUCAAUUUUAUUAACAAUCCUACAUCCCUCCAGUAUUUCAUGACAAUAUUCAAGUGCUAAUUGUCUUUAUUCCACUACUGAAGAAGCAUGUCUCAAAUCACCUCAUAUUUCAACCAUUCAGACUGACAAAAUAUUUUUUUAAAUCAUUAUUCCAUGCCUCACCACUAAGUGAAUUAUUGCCAAUAUAUAUUAACAAAGGAGUGUACAUUUGGUUUUGAUAUUUCAUAUUUACAAUUUAUGUAACAUUUAGUCAUCAUAAUUAUUUAUGCAACCAACUGACCAUUUUUUGGUACAAUUAUAUUGACAUUGUUGCUUUUAGAAUUUCAGGGUUAAUUCUCACAUGUGCCAACCCAAAUGUACUAGAGCAUGACAUGGGCCCCGAUCCAACAACAUGCCUAUCGAGUGAACCCUGAAAA